GGGUGAAGGAUGAGAGUGACAUUCUUGAUAUAUCUGAUGAAGACUUGAACAAUAUGGGUUUAAGUCAAGUGGAGAAGAACCGGUUUAAAAGCUGGACACUAUUAAAAGACUACGGAAAAGGUGCCACCCAUCUCAUGCAUGAAAUGCAAAUGACGAAGUCAGUGGACGGGUUCAGUCUCUUUUAUUCAUUCCCCAAGUGUCCUGAGUGCAGAGAGUUAAGGGACUUGGAUCCAGCACAAAACACUGUGGAAGAUCUUAUGCUCCGAAUUGGUUAUCAGGAGGGUGUAGGUAACAAUAUGGGUGUUUGCCUUUUCACUGCCGAGGGAAUGCCACUCACUGAUGAUCCCUUUUUCAACACAUGGUCGUUACAUGACAGGCACGUAGAGAAAGAGAGUCAUCUCUAUGUCAUAUUCACACCUAAAGAGAAUCUUCCACCACUGCAACCAGCUCAGCCAGUCACAGAACCCUCAGGGAUGGACACGGUGCGCUGUCACGUCAUGCUGAGGAGAAUAAAACAAGUUGGAGGAUUCCAGAAUGUGGUGGCGUAUAUCCGCAGGCUCACUGGAUGUCAUGCACUGGCUCAGAUUCUGUAUCAGCUGAUGUGCAGGAAUGAAAUAGGGACCAAAGUGCAGAAGGGGGUGUCAGUGGACAUCACUCGCAUGUGA